AUGUCGGCCUCUCACAAAGGUUCCCAUGUAGAGGUUCCCCUGCGGAACUUGCGCUUCCCAAACGCAAAUGUCACCGCGAUCGAGCUGCUCACUUUCCUGCCAGGCUGCCUCAGCUCCCCGGACAUCAUCUAUCGUUUCGCCUCGAACCUAGUCACUUGGGACGCUAUCCUCUCUGUUGUCAACACCAAUCGCGUCCUUAAGAAAGCGUGGGACUCUGAAUAUUGUUAUAGGACGGCAAGGAAUGCUAUGAGGCAUGCUGGCCAUGGUGACUGGACUCUGAACAAACACUCACAGUACUUUGGCGAGACACUUCGUAACUGGAAUACCGACAAUCUGAGCGUGAGCGGAUUCAGGACCUCGUUCAGAACUUCUGCAACGAGCAUACCUGACGACGACAUUCCGUUUGUUCGAUUGGCGGAUGGUGUCAAGAACAUGCCACAGGGCGACGAUGCGUUGGACUUGACGAGGAUGAUCCAACACUGCAUUCAAAACCCAGCUGAAGAUUGGAUGUAUCCGUCAAACUACGACAUCUUGCUCGAGCACCUCGGAGGUGCAAAGCAAUUGAGCGCUGCAAAUUUAGACCGCCCAACUUUCGUGCGUUGGCAGCACGUCAUACCGCACGUUCCGCGCAGCAGAAAGCGAACUGAGAUGAAACCACAGCCGAAGAUGCGAGCUCCUGGACUAUCAUCCACGCCGCAAGCCGAGGCGCAAGCGACCAGGCGGUCAGGUCGCCGAGGGCGGCCGUCGUUGAAGAAGCGCGAGCUUCAGGAAGGUGAUAUGUCCGAAGCUGAGGCCAGCGAUGCGGAAGUACAGGACGAAGAGUACGUCCCUGGACCAACCUUUUGGAUAAAGCCGCUUACGACUGGCGGUAUAAUGUCAUCCCAGGCUCUUCAAUACGUAUUCGAGGCAGAGCCAUCACCCGACGCCGUUAACAAAUUCGAUGCAUACGCUUUCGGCAACGGCCCGCGCACAACGGCGCCUUUCCGGCCACUUCACCUCGUCAUCGUUGACAAACUGAAGUUCGACGACCUCAGCGGCUGGGCGGAGAACAUUCGAUGGGCAGCCGAGCAAUAUGCCACCUUUGGGGAGACGGGUUGGACAGAGUGCCCGGAGCACAUGGAGCAGAUCGCACAGAUCCGUCAGGAGCAGACAUGGGCAUCCGCGGAGCUGGUCAUCGCUAUAACCGACAAGAAGAAGGCGGAAGAGGAAGACGAGGCUUGGGUGGCAGCAAUGAUGGAGGGAACAAUGGCCUCGAUGAAUAGAAGCGAGCCCGACCAGCGGAUGUGGAUCUGGGGCGACGUCGCUGAAGAGUAUGUCGACGCAGAAGGCACAUCGCGCAUGAGGAUCCGUCCGUGGCCACGUCGUUGA